GCUAUAGCUUGAAUUCUGGACUUCGCUUCAUUGAAAAUGUUUGUAUUCUCAAUGACUGAAAGUUCAAUUUCAGGUUGUAUGAUUUCCAGUCAUUUAAACAUUGACUGAAAUGAUUGAUUAUGUACUAAAUAUAACAUUUACAAGUUCGUGGAAAAUUAGUAUCCAGAUGUGAAAUAUUUAUCAAAGCGAAUCACUUCAAUUUCAUAAACGAAUACGUUUAAUAUGGCAAAACCCAUAAUGGAAACCUCACGUGACAACUCAAAAAUGUAGGUUCGGAUAUAUAUACUCCGUGACGAUGUUUUCAAAUCGUUGUUUUAAGAUAAUUCUCUUCAAACGUUGGAAAUAGGUUUUUAAAACGUAAAGUAAGUUUGAGAUGUCAUAUAUUCCCACACGCAGUUGUUUCUUAUAAUAUUUUCGUGUACAAAACAUUAAACAUGAACGGCACGGAAGUUCAACCUCGUGACGGCUAUGAUAUUGAACUAUAUGGAAUAUCUAACGGUUCAUUCUACGGCAUCCACAUUCCAGCAAUAGUAUGCAUCGUCACGAGCUUCACGUGUGCCGUGGCAACUCUUGUGCUUUCCUUCAAAAGCAAUAGUUACCGGACAUUUUUCACAAGCUGGUCCAAGGGUAAUAGAUUUGUAGUCUACUUGGCGAUAUGUGAUGGGCUGUUCAAUAUUGCCCACUUUACGGACCACAUGCACAUUGUGAUCGCAAGAAGUCACGUUUAUCCAAGAGGUCUGUGUGAAUUUUACGCCUUCACAUUGGCCGUAUUUAUCACAUCACAGAACCUUUUGGUGAACAUCGUUGCAAUAAAUGCUUUUUUAUUAGUGAGAUCAGACAAAAAUAUAUAUUUCGGUACGACUGACUGGCGGCUCCUACUUUGGAUAUUUGGCGCUCCGUUUGUCGGGGCGAUCAUAGCCGCAGGCCUUGGGACGUUUGGACCAAACGGAACAUUCUGUUACUUCGAUAAAGUGAAAGGAAGAAUUACUCAGAUAUGGUUCACCACUGUGCCAAUACUGGUUAUCUUUGUGGUGAACGCAGUCCUCUACUUUCUGACUUGGCUCAAAAUACACCGGCAGACGUCAAAUAUCAACAAAACAUCUGGCAAGAUGUCAACCACGCGGACGACAAGUAUCCGCUCUGCUCAAGCCAUGUCGCUGUUUGUGGUGGCAUUCUUCAUUCAGUGGACGGCCAUGGGCGUCUUCGGUCUGUGGGGCCUGUUCGUGGCGGAGGUUCCACAACCCAUUCAUCACUUUGUUGUCAUACUGUCGAAUACAGGAGGUACCCUUAAUCUCGUCGUCUUCCUGAUCAUACGACGCAGACGACUCGGGAUUUGGAAGUCUAACACAAGAACUAGUUCUUUGGCAACUAAAAACAACGCUGAUAAAAGUAAAGCUAUGACGGAGGAAAACGACAAGGCUGCAAAUGAUACCCCCUUUUAAUGUUGUGCCAAGUGGAAUAUUUACAAACGGAACAAUCGCCGUCUAAUAUGACGGUUAAAGUGUUAGACUAGGUGACCGUUCGAAAGGAAUAUCGCAAUAAAUGUAUGUAUUGUCGCUUUAAUUGCCGUAUUUACUUUCAAAUAUGUGACAAAUGAAACGCUAGAUACCGAAUAAGGUGAGGUAUUUUUGUUAACAUCCAGUAGUAUUUUAUAUAAGGCCAUUGCUAAUACGAAAUAAGGCGAUACGUACAACACACAGGUAAAACUACAACUAAAAAUGAAAUCAGCGACUUUUGUUAUGGUUACCGAUUUGGCAAUCCAAGGUUUUAUGUCAUAUAAAAGGAAAUUUGUUAGGGGUGAAAAACCAAAUUGCUCCGAAAGAGCCCCGUUUUGAUAUAUUUUAAUCUUAAAUGAUUUUUGACAAUUAAUGAUGUCG